AUGGCUAGAUCUAGUUUUAUCUUGGCUUGCGUUUCCCUUGCAGUACUUGUCCUCCUCACCCAAGAGCUGCACUCUGCUGAAUGUAGGCACUUAAAGUUGCGAAAGAAAAACCAUCAUGAAUUUAGGAAAGUUCUACUUCAAACUCCAACUAAAAUACCUGGAAAUGAAAUGACGAAGAUUGCUAAAAGGAGUGGCAACUUGCCAUCUUCUCCGGUUUACUUCGUACCUGCAACCCCAGGCCACAGUUUGGGCGUGGGACAUUCUCUCGAGCACACUCUUCCGAAGCCACAUGGUCUUUAUCCCAAUGACAAUGGAUCUCCAACCAACCAACCGGGUUACUUCAGACCCACAACCCCGGGAAAUAGUCCGGGCAUUGGGCAUCCUCUUUUUGCACCGAAGGAUGGAGCUGCGAAAGAGAACUCAUCUCCAGAUGACUUCAAACCCAUAUCCUUAGAUCAUACUCAAGGCGGCGCCGGACAUUCUAUUGAUAGGCGCAUGGAAGACAAUGAAUCUCCAGAUAACCAGCCAGAUUACUUUAGGCCGACAACCCCAGGACAUAGUCCGGGCAUUGGACAUCACUUCUCUGCAACAUCAAAUGGAGCUGUCAAAGAUCUGAAUGACUUCACACUCACAACACACAGCCAGAGUCCAAGCGUGGGACAUUCUCUUGGUCAAUCUCUUCCAACACCUUCAAGUAUUCAUCCCAAAGACGUUGAAUCUCCGCCCAACGAGCGGCAUAGUCCGGGCAUUGGGCACGUCUCUUCCGCAUCAUCAAAUGGAGGGGUCAUGGAGAACUCAUUUCCAGGUGGCUUUGGAGCCACAAACCCAGGCCACAGUCUUAGCGUGGGGCAUUCUCUUCAGAACUAG